CUCCCAGUGUACUUUGUGACAGAUAUCCGCAAACGGAAGUCGCUGACCUGCUGGUUUUCACCAUGGCUGCGUCCACGGGUUGGUUGCUGAGGCGAAUUCGUCCUGGGACAGUGACUUGGAGGAGAGCGUUAUGUGCUGGUGAUAACCAUGCCUCUAAGCCAAGGGCUCCUACAUUUAUGGACCAAGAUGUGCAGACAUUAUUGAAAAAUAUGACUGGCCUUCAUUUGGACAAGGUCUUUAUACCUUUGAAGCAGGAGCUGAAGCCUCCUUCUUACAAACUGCUUACAGAAGAGCAGUAUCAACAAUCUCUUCAAAAGGCAGCUGAGGCCUCUGAGAAAUACCUGGCAAUGCCACCAGUGCUGAGUGAGCGCAAGCAAAUAGAUGAAGUUCUAGCCAAGGAUGAAAUACUGGCCGACAUAGAGACCUCCAAAUACGUAUUCACCGACAUCACUUACAGCACUCCACACCGGGAACGGUUCAUUGUGGUAAGAGAACCAAGUGGAGUUCUGCGUAAAGCCACAUGGGAAGAAAGAGACCGUAUGAUCCAGGUGUACUUUCCUCAGGAAGGCCGCAAACUGGUCCCCCCACAUGUCUUUCAAGAAGAGAAUAUGCAGGUCCUCUUCCGGCAAGAUCGUCAUGAAGAACUUCUCAAUCGUUGCGUGAAUCAGUUUGAACCAGACUGUUCAGAUUUUAUUCGUGUACAUCACCAUACUUAUGAGGACAUUAAUAUGCAUGGCAAAUAUGACCUGCUACGUUCAACAAGACACUUUGGUGGGAUGGUGUGGUACCUGGGCGGUCAGAAGAAGAUAGAUGGACUUCUCAUAGACAUGAUACAGAGGGACCUGAUUGAUGAUGCUGGCAGUUUGAUUCGUUUGUAUCACAUGCUCCACCCAGACACAGAGUGUGCAAGAGAGUCGCAUGGAGUUCAUGAUAACAAAGAACUUAUUAAGAUCUUUGUAAAAAUGGAGGCACAGAAGCCAGGCUACAUAGAGUUGGCUUUGCAAGCAUAUCAGGAAUCCUUAAGUAAUGCAGCCGCAUCCUGACUGAGCAGCUAAGGAGCUGUAUCUGCACUUCAGUUCUAUGGACUGUUUUAUAACUAAAAAAGGCAGUACUGUAUUGUCAUAACAAACAAUGAGACUGAUAAUAAUGUAGUAUUUAACACUGCUUCUGUGUACUGCUUAAAGAGACACAAUGCCUACUGAUUUAAGAGGAUAAGGUUUAAAGUAUUCUGGUAUAUUACCAAGUUCAAGACAUGUCUAUAUAUUGAUAUUGCCAAGAAUGUGCAUUUCUAAAUAAAUAUAGUGAAAAAAAUAA